AGUGCCACGAUGUCAUUAGCUAAGGUAAUUCAACGAAUCAAAAAAGAAUGGCAGAUCAUAGUAACAAUCUUAGGAAUCUACAUAUUUUACUACACGCUCACCUCAAUAAACUGGCCCAAAGCUCAGCGUCGUCUGAAAUCAGACAUUGAUCCUGAAGUCCCUAUAAAAACUGACUCAUGGAUCUACAACCCUGGGAAGGUCUAUCCACCUGAAUGGUAUGCAAUACCCAAAAAACCAGACCCACAAUGCAAGCCCAAACACAAUCUACACUUCCUGCGAACACACCAAACCGGGACAUCAUCCAUAACGAACAUUUUCUAUAGAUACGGUCAGGAACAUGACCUCAAGUUUGUGAUGAACGCUCUUAAACUCAACCUGAACUACCCGGGUAGGAUUAACAUGCACUACUUAGAAUCUGUGAAGCCUCCUCAGGGUUACAGUAUCUUGUGCCAGUAUUCCAGAUUCCACAAGAUGGAUGCCCUGAGGAUAAUGCCGGAUGGGACUAUUUUUACCACCCUGCUUCGCCAUCCUGUUGAUCAGUUUCUGUCAGUGUUCCAUAACCAUGGCAUCAAGGAAGAGAUAAGAAAUCUUCAACCCCAUCAUAAUCCAUAUGAGGAGUUCUUUAGGAAUCCCAAGAAAAUAUCCAUGAUGGCAUCAGAUGCUGUGUUUCACCUUAUACAGAACAGCAUGAGUUUUGACCUGGGGUUGAACCCUCUUCAGUUUCCCAACGAAACUGCUGUUGAUGAGCUGAUAAAAAAGGUUGAUGAAGAUUUUCAUCUUGUCAUUAUCAUAGAAAUGUUAGACGAGUGUUUGGUUCUACUCAGACGACUCAUGUGCUGGGACCUGAAACACAUGAUAUACGUGAAACUCUCUGUAAACAACGAAUACAGCAACGGGAUAAAACCUGAAAUACGGGAGAAGAUUCUUGAUUGGAAUUCUGUCGAUAAGAAACUCUACGACCACUUCUACAAGAAGCUACAAAGAAUCAUAUCCGAACAAGACGAAGAUUUCCACAAAGAAGUUGCCAUGCUAAAAAAGAUCAACGCUGAAUUUUGGCGGGAAUGCUACAGCAACGUGUUACCAGUAUUUGAUGGCAACAAGAUAGGCUACACACUGCAGGACACCCAUUCCGACAACAAAACCUGCAAGACCCUAGCUACUGAUGACGUCACUCAGACCCACGUGAUCGGGUUGAAGCAGUUUAAAGACACUCUUCCUCCGUCAGACAUUCUCAUGGUCAGGAACCACAUGCAGAACCUGGGUAAGUUUAACCCGGCCAUGUUGAAGUGGGGUGAUGUGUAUAACGCAUUGGAUCCUGAUGAUGCAUAUUAUAAGUCUCCGUUCGAUGAGUUGUAGGUGCAGGUGAUGACUAACUCGACUUAGGGUGGCUUCAAUGUCCGAGCAGAUAUGAUGUUUCUCCAGAUCUGUCUAUCCAUCAUGAGCUUGUUUAUCUCCUAGCUGUUUCCCUCCGCAGAAUGUCAAUAUACGUGAGGUGUAGUCUUCCCCUACGCUGAUGGCCGUGAAGGGGUUCCCAGGAGAAGCUGAUGGAUCAGAAGUUCAGGUGAUAUCAGACUGUUUUUUAUCCUGCUGUGCAGUGCGCAUGAUGUUCAACAUGUUUUCAUAGUAAUAUUGUAUUUUAGUGAUGUUGAUCGUUUUUUUAUUGAAA